AUGCCUGGUGCCAAACACAAAGAUUUAAGCAGCCAGUUCUCCUCUGUGAGGAAAGUGCGCGGCGAUGGAAACUGCUUCUACAGAGCCUUCUGCUUCGCUCACAUGGAGUCGGUCCUACGUGAUGCCAGAGCUUUGCAGAGAUUCAAGGACAAAAUAAUUCAAAGCGGCAAAGUUUUGUCCUCUGCAGGAUUUGAUGAGAGACGCUUCGAGCAUCACCUGAACACAGUUGUACAUGUGUUGGAGCAGUGCCAGGCUGACGAGCAGGACACGCUACUGAGGCUCUUCAACGAGCAGACCACCUCUGAUAGUGUGGUGCAGUAUCUCAGGCUGCUCACCUCAGCACACCUGCAAAACCACGCAGACUUCUUCUGCAACUUUGUGGAGGCACCCAGUCUUCACGCAUACUGUCGUCAGGAAGUGGAGACCAUGGCGAUGGAGUGUGAUCACGUGGACAUCCUGGCCCUCUCGGAGGCCCUGGACAUUUGCACACAUGUCGUCUCGAUGGAGGGCGAUGAACAGCAGUUGGCUCACCACAUGAUUCCAGAGGGUGCUGAACCCUCCCUGCACCUCCUCUACCAAACAUCACACUAUAACAUCCUCUACCCGCAACCAGAACCCUUUUCAACUCAGGAACUGUUGACUUUGGUUGAAUAA